AUGAUAUUUAAAUACAAUGUGGGUGUUGUACUACUUGUUGUAUUCUCAAUUUGGGGCAGCAUUGAAGGUCGUAGUAUCUCUAGAUUCUUAACUGAAGAAACUGUAGGGACCAAAUGGGCUGUACUAGUUGCUGGCUCUAAUGGAUGGUUUAAUUAUAGGCACCAGGCUGAUGUAUGCCACGCUUAUCAAAUACUGAAGAAAGGUGGUCUUAAAGAUGAAAACAUUAUUGUAUUCAUGUACGAUGAUAUUGCUAACAACACUAUGAAUCCUAGACCUGGAGUCAUCAUCAAUAAUCCACAUGGACAAGAUGUUUACAAAGGUGUCCCCAAGGAUUAUGUAGGUGACGAUGUCAAUGCUGAUAAUUUUUUCAAUGUUAUUCUUGCAAACAAAAGUGGUAUCACUGGAGGAAGUGGUAAAGUUUUGAACAGUGCUCCAAAUGACCAUAUCUUCAUCUACUAUACUGAUCAUGGUGGCCCUGGAAUUGUUUCAAUGCCAACUGGAGUUGUCUACGCGAAUGAUCUGAUUAACGUGUUGAAAAAGAAGCAUGCUUCUGCAACAUAUAGUAAACUGGUAUUUUACUUAGAAGCGUGUGAGUCUGGAAGCAUGUUUGACGGUCUUCUUCCUGAAGGUUUAAAUAUUUAUGUAACGACUGCAUCAAAUCCCAAUGAAAGUAGUUGGGGAACAUAUUGUGGUGUAGGUGGUGCAGGUGAUCCUUGCUUGGUUGAGUGUCCCCCUCAUGAGUUUAAAGGUGUGUGCUUGGGAGAUUUGUACAGUGUUGCUUGGAUGGAAGACAGUGAUGCUCGAGAUCGCCAAACUGAAACUUUGAAUGACCAGUAUAACAUGGUUGCAAACAGAACUGCAGCCAAUCUAACAUAUGGCUCACAUGUCAUGCAAUAUGGUGAUACGGUGUUAAGUGUCGAUGAUCUUUCCCAGUAUAUGGGUGCUUCUUCUGUAAACCAUAGUCAUGUUUCCAUGAAUUCUAAAUUAUCAUCGCAAAAUGUGGACCAACGUGACACAGAACUUUUCUACCUGACAUCAAAAUACCAAGAUGCUCCUGAAGGCUCUGAUGAGCAUUUUAAAACUAGUGCCAAACUUAUUGAAACCAUAGCACAGAGAAGUCAAGUGGACAAUAGUGUAAAAUAUAUCGGAGAGCUUCUGUUUGGAGUCGAAAAAGCUAAUGAGGUACUGAAAAAUGUUCGACCUGCUGGACAACCUCUUGUCGACAAUUGGGAUUGCCUAAAAUCCUAUAUCAAGACAUUCGAGGCACAUUGUGGAAAAUUAAGCUCAUAUGGAAAGAAACACAUACGUGGUAUCGCAAAUAUUUGCAAUGCUGGAAUUGAGAGUGCACAAAUGGCUUCUGCAACAGCACAAGCAUGUCCUUGA